UAUUUUCCUACAAAACCCUAAUCCGGAGCUUCAUCGUCUACCCUUCGUCGCCGGUGGGCUUCCGACAGAUUAAAGUAUGGAAGACAAAGAGGAAGUGAAGACGUUCAAAGAACUAGGAGUAGUUGAUCAGUUGAUUGAGGCAUGUGAUAGUCUUGGCUGGAAAAAUCCUUCUAAAAUACAAGCCGAGGCCAUUCCUCAUGCACUUGAAGGGAAGGACCUGAUUGGGCUAGCACAGACUGGUUCCGGUAAAACUGGAGCUUUUGCUCUCCCAAUACUCCAAGCUUUGUUGGAAGCUCCACAAGCGUUUUUUGCAUGUGUGCUUUCUCCCACAAGGGAACUUGCAAUUCAGAUUGCGGAGCAGUUUGAAGCGUUGGGAUCUAGCAUCGGCGUGAAGUCUGCAGUGCUUGUUGGAGGGGUGGAUCAGGUACAACAAAGCAUUGCUCUCGGAAAGCGGCCACACAUUAUUGUUGCGACACCUGGACGGCUCGUGGAUCAUUUAUCCAAUACUAAAGGGUUUUCUCUUCGCACUAUAAAGUACUUGGUAUUGGAUGAGGCAGACAGGUUGCUAAAUGAAGACUUUGAGAAGUCGUUAGAUGAAAUAUUAAACGCCAUUCCUCGUGAACGGAGGACAUACCUAUUCUCUGCUACAAUGACUAAGAAGGUUCAAAAGCUGCAGAGAGCUUGUCUAAGAAAUCCCGUAAAGAUCGAAGCAGCGUCAAAAUAUUCCACUGUUGACACCUUGAAACAGCAGUUUCGUUUUGUACCCGCGAAGCACAAGGACUGUUAUCUUGUAUAUAUCUUGAUUGAAAAGUCUGGAAGUACAUCUAUGGUUUUCACUCGAACUUGUGAAGCCACCCGGCUUUUGGCUUUGAUGCUGCGGAAUCUUGGUUUACGGGCGAUCCCGAUUUCUGGUCAAAUGACUCAGGCAAAAAGGCUUGGUGCAUUGAACAAGUUCAAAGCUGGAGAGUGUAAUAUUCUUAUCUGUACUGAUGUAGCUAGCAGAGGACUCGAUAUCCCUUCGGUUGAUAUGGUGAUAAAUUAUGAUAUUCCCACAAACUCAAAGGACUAUAUUCAUCGAGUUGGAAGAACUGCACGUGCAGGCCGAUCUGGGGUUGCCAUCUCGUUGGUGAAUCAGUACGAGCUGGAGUGGUAUAUCCAAAUAGAGAAAUUAAUUGGCAAGAAGCUGCCGGAGUUUCCAGCUGAAGAAGCAGAAGUGUUGUUGCUGUUGGAGCGGGUGACAGAGGCGAAACGGUUGUCCCUGAUGAAAAUAAAGGAAACGGGUGGUGGGAAGAGGAGGAGAGGGGACGACGAUGAGGGAGACGUUGAGAAAUCCCACACGCAGAACAAGAAAUCGUCAAAACGACGGUAGAUAGAGACAUGAAAUCACAAUUUUGGCUUCAUUGAUGAUGUUAAUUUUAGUAUAAUAUGUAUUAAUUUUAAGGCUACAAAUUGGUUGUUUAAGUUUAGUACGAACGUUUUUAUUUGUAUUGUUUUGGUUCUUGGUAUAUUAUAGAUGGUUUGAUAAAUAAAAUAAGUGAAAAAUGUAA